CAUCUUAAUAUUAUACCAACAGAACUCUACUUUUACUUUGAAUAUUACGGUACAUUAUUCAUUUAACACAAGACAGAGGGAAUUUCAGCCUUCAGGUUUUACUGUUGUUGAAGGAUUUUUUUCCGGAAUUGUAAAAAUUGUCAGACUAUUUGAUGUCUGACAAGGGGUUUUACCUGCAUUAAUCGGAAAGAAAGUUUUCAGAAAUGUCAUUGAGUGACAGUGAUGGGGAAUUUUUUGAUGCAAGAGAAGAAGUUAGCUCUCCAAGGCCAUGUCAAAAGCCUGUUUCUGAAUUGGUAUCUUCUCUGAAGGAAGCAAAAAGUGAAAUUUCUUUACCCACAGUUCCUGACAAUGAACCAAUACAGAAAGAGGAAGUUGUUCCUGAAUCAAAGCAUGAAAAUGUGAUGAAAAAUGAACAUGAACUAACAUUAGAGCAAGAGGAAACAAAUGAUGAGCAAGUACUUGAUAACCAUGAUGAGCCUGAUUCUUCUAAAAUAAAUGUAGAACCCGAUAAAUAUGCAGAUGGAGACUCAAAUAGUCAGAUUGGCUCACCCAAACUAGAUGAUAAAAAUACUACGAAACGAAAAGAAAUGACACCGACUAUAACUGUUGAAAACACACCAAUGUCUGGGCAAAAGCCUGAUUUACUUGCCUGCGUUCAAGAUCGACCAACUAACUUGCCUGGAGUCAAACCAGUGGAUGUUAUCACUCGUCCAACCAUGCCUCCUCCACCACCACCUGGGCCAAGGAAGAUUCCGCCAUCAAGACCAGCGCCUCCAAAACGGCCACCGCCACCCAAAAGAACACACUUGACUGCUAGGUCUGCGAAGCCCUAUUUGAAUGAAACUGAUGAUGGCCUUUUGACUCCAAAUUCAACUGUUGAUAAUUUAACAAGAGAAUUUACAGAAGCUUUGGAACAUGAUAGAAGUAUUAAUAAACAGCAGGCAAAUGAAGAAUCUAUACAUACUGACAGCCCAGAAUUCAUAGUAUCUCAUGAAGUAUCAACGAAAACUAUAGAGCAAACUGAACACAGUAGUCACAUUGGAUCAGCAUCAACUGUGAACACGCAUACAUCACCAUCAAGUUCAUUACGAAGGGAAGAAGAUAUCUUGGCAAGUGUUAUAGUAAAAAAUUUGGACACUGGUGAAAGUAUGCCACUGAGUACAGCAGCAGAACAUGUUUCUCAGUUUAUAAAUCCUCUAGCAUUGCAAAUCAUGAGUAGAACGAAAGAGUUUUCAUAUUCUGGAGGCUCAAACAACAGUACAAUGAGUUCUCAUGAUGGUCAGAUGAACACGGCAUCAGCUAUUUCACAAUCUGUUUACGUCGAUAGUGAUUCUCUGUCUAUCGCUAGUGACGAUAUUGAUAUAGGUAAAGAUGCGUCACAACAUAAACAUAAAGAAGGCAAGAAACUGAAAUCGAAAAGCAAGAAAUUCAAAAAAAUGGUUGGAAAAGGAGUAUCUAAAGUGAAGGUUGCGGCAGGAACGCAAGUAGAAAAAGCGGUGCAAAAAGUGAAACAUGUGAAAGAUGAAGUUACUCACACUGAUCAGCUGAAUGUAUCGAGUGAUGAAGAUUCAACUGAAUUUGGUUCGUCUUCAACUAUUAAAGUAAAAGCAGCUUCUAGUAAUAAAGGACCUUAUCAACUUUCACAUCCUAAACAAAUUCAGGAUAUUGCGGUUCAUGUUGGUGCUGUUUGGUGCAUGAAGUUCAGUCAUUGUGGAAGAUUACUUGCAACCUCAGGACAAGAUAAUGUCAUCUGGGUUUGGGUGCUGAAAGAUUUUUAUAAUUAUUUUAAUGAUAUGAGGAACAAAUAUGACAAUAAAGACGAUGAAUUAUUCAAUGCAUCAUCCAUGAAGCACGUUGUGCAUUCGUCAUCGUCAAAUUCAUCAGAUUUUCAUCAGAAUUCUGAAGACGAUGUUUUUAAUUCUGAACCACAAAUGAGGCCGAGUCAGUUAGAAGAGGAUGAAGAAGAGGCUCCUUUCAGACAGGUCCCAUUCUCAUCGUAUGUUGGUCAUGCUGCUGAUGUUUUAGACUUGGCAUGGUCGAAGAAUUUUUUCAUUUUAUCAUCUUCCAUGGAUAAAACUGUGAGGUUGUGGCACAUAUCAAGAAAAGAAUGUUUAUGUUGCUUCCAACAUAUUGACUUUGUAACUGCAAUUGCUUUUCAUCCGAGGGAUGACAGGUAUUUUCUGAGUGGUUCAUUAGAUAGCAAACUAAGGUUAUGGAAUAUACCAGACAAGAAAGUAGCACUGUGGAAUGAAGUAUCUCCUGAUGGAUCAUCAUCAUCAGGCUCUGUUGGAGGAGCAUUGAUCACAACAGUUAAUUUUUGUGAAAAUGGUAAAUUUGCGGUAUGCGGAACUUAUGAUGGAAGAUGCAUAUUUUUUGAUACAGAGCACUUGAAAUAUCACACACAAAUCCAUGUUCGGUCAUCCAGAGGUCGAAAUACGAAAGGUCACAAAAUUACAGGAAUAGAACCGUUGCAAGGAGAACAUAAAAUUUUGGUAACGUCAAAUGAUUCUCGAGUACGUCUAUAUGAUUUGAGAGAUUUGUCAUUAGUUUGUAAAUACAAAGGACACACAAAUCUUAGCAGUCAAAUUAAAGCCAGUUUCAGUCCUGAUUCAAAGUACAUCAUCUGUGGAUCAGAAGAUAAAUGUGUUUACAUGUGGAGAACCAGUUUACCACAGGAUGUAACUAAACUAUCAUCACUGCGAAGAGAUCGUAAUGACUCCUGGGAAAGUAUGAAAGCUCAUGAUGCGGUCGUCACUUGUUCCGUCUUUGCUCCUCAUCCACAGCUUUUAUACAAGAACGACGAUACUGAUAAUAAUACAGAGACAAAAACCAAAUCAAAACCGCAAUCUAUUUUAUCUUUAUCUUCCAAAAAACAUCCGCAAGAAGUCAACGUAAUUGUAUCUGCUGAUUUUAAUGGUUGCAUAAAAGUAAUAGUCAGUGGACAAUGAUGAAGAGUUACUGUGUUUCAUUUCAUUUUGCUGAUUUUACAUAUGCUUCACAAAUUUUCAAUGUGGAAUUGAGUACUGUCCAUAUUUAUCAUUUAUCUGUUCGAAAUUCAGGAAAAAGUCUCAAAAUAAUGUUAUGCUGUGCUGAUUUGCAGUCCUGUAAUUGAAUGACAAAAUGAAAUCAUGUAUGAAACUAUCAACGCCUCUGAAUGAUUAUACAAUCAGUUACAUACAGCUCAUCUGAUUGCAGUGCAAUAAGUGAAUAGGCAGGAUGCAUUCAAUGCUAGGCAUGUAACCCACGGAGUGGUGGUUAUCAUAAUCUGUGGUCGCCUGCUCUUUUAUAAAAAUAUUUUAUUUUGCUUUUAAACGCAUUUACAUAAUUUAUUUAUGCGCCAUGUUUAACAGAAGUGAAAGAAUAUAUGUAUUGCAGUUGAAGAAAUAAACGAAUCUUCGCUUCAAAUUAUGUAGUAAUGAAUGGUAUAUAUGAGAAGGCUUUUGCUUGUGGCCUCAGAUAACCUCUCUGUGCUGAGUGUGCUCCCUGGUGGAGCCGAAGGCACAGUUUGAGAAACUCUGCUUCAAUAACCACAGAGAAUUUAGUGGUCUCACCUAAUUUUUCUACUUCUCCCUUGAUUGCAAAUUAAAAAGGAUAAAUUUUUGUGUUGGCCCUAUAAUUUUUGACUCUAUGAUUCAGUCCUAUACGUACUUGUUUUUUUAGUAUGUUUUCAUUUUGCUGAAAUUCUGAGAGCAAAGCACUAAACAUUUUUGUGCAUUAUAGACAUAUUAGAUGUAUGGCUUUAACACAGCGUGCAAUAUAGUAAUAAUGUCUCAUAUUCCUGAUGUUUAUGUAGCUUUCGAAAGACUUUAUUUGUGAGAGAAAUACAACAGCAAGAGACAGUUUAUAAGUUAUACGUCCCAAGACGAACGUUUUGAAAAUGCCAAUCGAGUGUUGACAAGUUUUCUGCUAUUUGUAUACUGUUUUACUUUUUAGUUUGUCACUUCCCGUUUCAUAAUAAUGAAAUUUAAUGCAGUACUCUAGUGGUUCUAGUCCUUCCAUUGUUGUUUUUCUUGGCAAAUAAAGAUUUUCUGAAUUA